AUGGAAUCCCCAGUAUACAUUUUUCGUGAAGAGCCAGGGCCCACCUGUUCCCCAGGACCCUGCCCCUUUCCAAGCAGUAGCUGGCUUGUUGACUGGGCAGAAUAUGGAAACAAUAGUGGUGGCCUUUAUGAUGACCUACAGCAGAAUCACACCAAUAUCUCCCCAGCUAUUCCUAUAAUCAUCACUGCUGUCUACUCCAUGGUCUUUGUGGUGGGCUUGGUUGGCAACUCUCUGGUCAUGUUUGUCAUCAUAAGGUACACAAAAAUGAAGACGGCAACCAACAUCUAUAUCUUUAAUCUGGCUGUGGCAGAUGCCCUUGUCACUACAACAAUGCCAUUCCAAAGUACCGAGUACUUAAUGAACUCUUGGCCAUUUGGGGAUGUGCUAUGUAAAAUAGUUAUUUCCAUUGACUAUUAUAACAUGUUCACCAGCAUAUUCACACUGACCAUGAUGAGUGUCGACAGGUACAUUGCAGUGUGCCACCCUGUGAAGGCGCUGGACUUCCGUACACCUCUGAAGGCUAAAGUAAUCAAUAUCUGCAUCUGGCUCUUAUCUUCAUCAGUUGGUAUAUCAGCUAUAGUCCUUGGCGGCACAAAAGUCAGAGAAGAUACAGGCAGUACAGAGUGUUCUUUACAGUUUCCAGAUGAUGACUACGUUUGGUGGGACACCUUUAUGAAAAUCUGUGUCUUUGUCUUUGCAUUUAUCAUCCCAGUGUUAAUCAUAGUUGUUUGUUACACUCUAAUGAUUCUGCGCCUGAAGAGUGUGCGACUUCUGUCUGGAUCUCGAGAAAAAGACAGAAAUCUCCGUCGCAUCACCAGAUUGGUUCUUGUUGUGGUUGCAGUCUUCAUCAUCUGUUGGACUCCAAUCCAUAUCUUUGUGUUGGUUGAGGCCCUUGGAGAUGUAUCACACAGUACCGCAGCCAUUUCUAGCUAUUACUUCUGCAUUGCUUUGGGCUACACCAAUAGCAGUCUGAAUCCCAUCCUGUAUGCUUUUCUGGAUGAAAACUUCAAGCGAUGUUUCAAAGAUUUCUGCUUUCCUUUUAAGAUGAAGAUGGACCAACAAAGCACCAGUAGAGCCCGAAACACCGUUCAAGACCCUGCUUAUGCUGGGGACACUGAUGGUACAAACAAGCCAGUAUGA